GAACAUGCGAGUGAAUAAAGUAUGAAAGAAAAAGGACUCUUGACGCAGCGGAGACGGCGUCGAAUCGCCCAAAAGAGGAGAGACUUGUGCCGUUUCCACCGCCUGGUGUUGCGUUGUUCAUGUGCUUUUGUGCUGUGCCCGUUCUCUCUGGGCUUAAACGUGGGGCAAGUGCCUCGGAUCAACUCCUUCCCCAGGUUCGGCCACCACCCUUCCUUUGCUGUUUCCUUGUCCGUCACGCCACUUUUCGGACACAAGGACAAAUAUCGAACUGUGCACCUAUCGACCUGGAUAUCAACCUGGGUAUUGACCUGGAUAAGCAGUCACAUCAAUCAUCAAAUAGUACCAUCUGCGGCGGCUGCCGUCUCGACCGUCUUGUUGGGGAGAGGGCGUCAUGCCGAAUUUCCAUAUCCGAACAUCGAGGCCCACUAUCCCUGCUUCGCCCAGCACCUGCCACUUGCGGUGCAUUGAUAUUCGAUACUUGCUUCCAAGUCGGCGCUUUUGGACCUUCUUGCAUGAGAGACCUGGAUGGACUGCAUAAUGCGGCUCGUCAGAAGAUUGUAAUUCAAGAGAGUGGGUUUGUCAAUGAGUAUCUACAGUACUCUACUAUUCGCACACAGCAAGCCCCUUAAGCUAAACCUCAGGUAAACUAAUAUACCUUUUCUUGAA